AUGAGUAAAAACGUGUGUGUUGUGGUUUUGGGAGACAUUGGUCGAAGCCCACGAAUGCAGUAUCAUUCGAUAUCAUUAGCGGAAAGCGGGCACAAAGUGGACAUCGUAGGAUAUCGGGGUGCAGCGCCUGUGGAAAAAUUAACAUCGCAACCGCACGUUAGUUUUCACUACAUGAUUGAGUGGCCAAACCUUCCACUACCAAGGUUUCUCAAUUACAUUUUGAAAACAGUCUGGCAGAUGAUUAGUCUGUUGUUUGUAUUUUUAAUUAUCCGGAAAGCAGAUUUCAUCCUGGUGCAGAAUCCACCAGCUGUUCCAUCACUUUGCGCAUGCUUCAUAUAUAAAAUAUUCAGUCAUGCAAAACUGGUUAUUGAUUGGCAUAACUAUGCACACACAAUUAUGGCACUUGCUGUGGGACCAAAGAGCAUCUUGGUCAGAAUGACUAAAGCAAUGGAAAAGUUUUUUGGUCAAUGUGCAGAUUAUAACAUGUGUGUUACAAAUGAAAUGAAGUUGGAUCUAGAGGGGUCAUGGGGCAUUAAAGCAUGCACCUUAUAUGACAGACCACUUGAUAUAUUCAAACCAAUUACGCUUGAGGAGAAACACCAACUAUUCAUUAAGUUAAAGAAAGAUUAUCCAGAAUUAUCAUUUGAUGGACAACUUGAAACUGAAACACUUGUUUCUGCUGAGUUAGAUAGCAAUCAGAUUGUGGAUAGAUUGAACAGGCCAGCCAUCUUAGUUUCAAGCACCAGCUGGACAGAAGAUGAAGAUUUUAAGGUUCUUAUGGAGGCUCUUCAAGCAUAUGAGAAGCAUUGGGAAGCAGGAAACACCAAAAACUUACCCAAACUGGUAUGUAUUAUUACUGGCAAUGGACCAAUGAAACAGUUCUACAAAAAUUUAAUCCAUGAGUCAAAUUGGAAGCAUAUAAAAGUAAUCACGCCAUGGCUUGAAGCAGCAGACUAUCCUAAGAUGUUAGCAUCAGCUGACUUGGGUGUUUCCUUACACACCAGUUCAAGUGGCUUGGAUUUGCCUAUGAAAGUGGUUGAUAUGUUUGGAUGUGAGCUACCUGUGUGUGCUUACAAUUUCAAAUGUUUGCAUGAAUUGGUUGAACAUGACGCAAAUAGUUAUGUUUUUAAUUCAGUUGAAGAACUCUCUGAACAACUCCAAACUUGGUUCAAGGAUUUUCCAAAUAAUCCUGAACAAAAAUCAAAACAGGAACUGUUUAAGAAGAGUUUAAAGCAAUUCAGGAGCAUACAAUGGUCUGAAAACUGGCAAUCCAUUGCUUCCCCAAUUUUCACUUAACAGAUAAUAGAAAACAAUUUGUAUAAAUCAAAGUUUAUUCUUAAUACAAUUUUGAAAAAAGAAUAUAUAAAAUUAUAAUCUAA